GAUGUUUUGUGUUAUGUUUGUACUAUGUUUGUAUGUUAUGACCCGGAACUAAUUUCAACUAAACGCGGAUAUCAAAGCUUGAAGGUCGGUACUCCACGUCAACAAAACUAGCCAUGUCAGCGUACCGAGCGCUAGCUAAGCUAGCUAGGCCAUAGGCGCCGCGUCGCAGUAGUACGAACAGGCCCGAUAUUUGCAGCUGCGCUGACAACAAAUUUCUAGCCAGGGAUUUCGGCCGCGCGCCGGGAUCGGAGCUUACGCAUACGUGGCUCGCGCUCGAUCGUGUCGUAUAGUUUGAUCCUCACAAUCCAGCACCAUUAUUUGACGGCGGCGUGACGUUACAACUUUAAAACCCGUUAAUUUGUGCCUUUUUUAUCGCCCUCAUCAUAGUUGACAAUUGGCACAAUUGAAUUGAUCAACUUCAGAGAAGUUGCCACCAUUAAUUGGCAUUGUCGACUAUCCUAACGUAGAUCUUCAGGACAGUAGAUGCAGUAGAUCCACACUGCACACAUGACACACGCUCACCAGGAUCUUGAGGUUGCAAGGAUUCAUUUAGACUGAUCAGAUUGCAAGCAUUUUAUCCUCUUGGAAAACACAAUGCCGAUUUCAGCAGAAGAACUUGUCAGACUUUUGGCAAUUUUAGCUGAGGAAGAAAAUAUGAAGGUGACAGUGAAAGAGACAUUGAAGGGAGGAGCUAUGGCAGGUGCUGGUGCUGUUAUAGGUGGAAUGUGUGGAGGACCUAUGGGACUAGCAGUUGGUGGUGCUGUUGGAGGUGCAUUUGGAGCAUGGAUGACAAAGGGAAAGUUCAAAUCAGUCCCUGAGAUCCUUCUCACUUUCAACCAGGAUCAGCGUGAUUCACUUUACAAUCAUUUCCGUGCCUCUUUUGAGGGCAUGGAAGCACAGGAUUUUGAUAAACUGAGCAGGCUUGUGACAGAGAGUGCCUCUAUGAGAGGGCUGGUGAUGGACAGUCUCAGAGGAUUCUUUAAUGAGCAGAUGAGGAUGCAGGUCGUGGAUUGAUGUUAAAACCAAAUCGCCCAUCUGUCAAAAAGUCUUCUCACAUUCUCAUUGGCAAUACUGCUUUCAGGAUAGUUUUGAUGCUACCAGAGAUAUAACCAUGGUUAGCUGUUUCCUGCAGUUAUUCUCAAACUUGAUACUUUGUCUUGUGGAAGAGGCUGUCUUUAAGUUCAUCGUCUUUAUCUAUUCUGAAUCUGCUGCUUCAGUGAUGUUCAUUUCUUAACACUGUAAUACAUCUGUUCAAAAGAUACUGCUGACUUCACCAUAAUAUUGUUUCUCCUGAAUUUGUAAAUCCAACUCAAGCUAACACAUAGGAUAAGCAGGUCACCAUUAGUGAGGAAACAUCUCAUUCUUGUCAUAUACUGUGUGUACACAUAUGUGACAUCUGGCUAAGUUUUCACAGAACACUGCAGUCAUGUGGAUGAACGUAAAAAGGAAUCAGAUAUAUUGUCCCCAAAAGAGUGUCUAGGAUUUUGGUCACUUUAAUAAUGCACUUUAUUAUUAAAGGUGCUUAUUUGUGCCUACAUGUAACUCGUUAGACCUGUUUGAAAUGUACCUCAUUAGAUAUGAAUUCGAAAUUGAAGUAAAACUGGUGCUCUUUUUCCAU